GGGCGGCAACGGCUAGCAGUCACCGCCUCCUGCAAGUGCCAGAGCUAGUCCGGCAGCGCCGAGGCUGCGGUGGCAGUAGCGGACCUGCGGGACCCCGGGGGGGAAGGGGGAGCCGCAAAGCCCCCGCUGAGGCCGCUGCUGCUGGGCCUCCCCUUCCCCCCGGACGGGCGCCAUGCGGGGGGGUCCGGGCGAAGCGGAGCGGCGGCAGCGAUGGGGUCGCCUCUUCGAGGAGCUGGACAGUAACAAGGAUGGCCGCGUGGACGUGCACGAGUUGCGCCAGGGACUGGCCCGGCUGGGAGGGGGCGACCCAGACCGCGGCGCCCAACAGGGCCUCUCCCCGGAGGGUGGUGCUGACCCAGAUGGCGGGCUGGACCUGGAAGAGUUUACCCAAUACUUGCGGGAGCGGGAACAGCGCCUGCUGCUUCUGUUCCACAGUCUGGACCGGAAUCAGGACGGUCACAUUGAUGUCUCUGAGAUCCAGCAGAGUUUCCGAGCUCUGGGCAUUUCUAUCUCCCUGGAGCAGGCGGAGAAAAUUCUACACAGCAUGGACCGUGAUGGCACCAUGACCAUCGACUGGCAGGAAUGGCGUGAUCACUUCCUGUUGCAUUCUCUGGAGAAUGUGGAAGACGUACUCUAUUUCUGGAAGCAUUCCACGGUCCUGGACAUUGGCGAGUGCCUGACUGUCCCUGAUGAGUUCUCGGAGAAGGAGAAGCUGACCGGCAUGUGGUGGAAGCAGCUGGUGGCCGGUGCGGUGGCGGGCGCUGUGUCGAGGACAGGCACAGCCCCCCUGGACCGCCUAAAGGUCUUCAUGCAGGUCCACGCCUCCAAGACCAACAGGCUGAACAUCCUGGGGGGCCUACAGAGCAUGAUCCGAGAAGGGGGUGUGCGCUCCCUGUGGCGUGGCAAUGGGAUCAAUGUGCUCAAGAUUGCACCUGAGUCAGCUAUCAAAUUCAUGGCUUAUGAGCAGAUCAAGCGGGCCAUCCGGGGGCAGCAGGAAACACUGCAUGUGCAGGAGCGAUUUGUGGCUGGAUCCUUGGCUGGUGCCACAGCCCAGACCAUCAUUUACCCAAUGGAGGUGCUGAAGACGCGAUUGACGCUUCGCCGGACGGGCCAGUACAAAGGGCUGUUGGACUGCGCAUGGCAGAUCCUGGAGCGAGAAGGGCCCCGCGCCUUCUACCGUGGCUACCUGCCCAACGUUCUGGGCAUCAUCCCCUACGCCGGCAUCGACCUGGCCGUCUAUGAGACCCUGAAGAACCGAUGGCUCCAGCAAUAUAGCCACGACUCGGCAGACCCAGGCAUCCUCGUGCUCCUGGCCUGCGGCACCAUCUCCAGCACCUGUGGCCAGAUAGCCAGUUACCCCCUGGCCCUGGUCCGGACCCGUAUGCAGGUCCAAGCCUCCAUCGAGGGCACCCCCCAGCUCUCCAUGCUGGGUCUGCUCCGUCACAUCUUGUCCCAGGAGGGCGUGCUGGGCCUCUACCGGGGCAUCGCCCCCAACUUCAUGAAGGUUAUCCCGGCUGUGAGCAUCUCCUAUGUGGUCUACGAGAACAUGAAGCAGGCCCUGGGGGUGACGUCCAGAUCCCAAGCCUCAACCUGCUGGAACCUGACUCGUAAAACCACAAUCACAAGAGCCCAGCGGCAGAGCGAGUGGGUCCUGGCAACUGCAGCUAUUGGAUCCCCAAUCCCUUCACCGCAGGCCCUGGAUACUGAAACCUCACUCAUAGGAAAUGGACUCUGGCCCUUCCAGGCACUGGAUUCCAAUCCCUUAGCCCCUGGUUUCUGACCCCAAUCCUCCCAGGCACUGGCUCCUGAACACUCAGAUACCAUGUCUAGAUCCCAAUAGGCUGAUCGCAGCAUCCUGGAUCUCACGUGUCCCCCAUCCCAGACACACACCAGCGCCCAGAGACCUCCUCCACCAUGACAUGAACCCCCGUAGUGUAGGGAGCCUGUGGGAACCCCAGGUCCUGGCCUCCUGAAAACCCAUGAGACUUGUCCAGUUUCCUGAAAUGGCUCGCACUGACACUGGGUCCACCCCCCCUUCCUUGCAUGGCCACACCCUUGGGUCCUAUGGGCACACUGCUCCCUCCAAUGAUCCCCCCCAACCCUCUGCAGUGUCUUCCACUCCCAAACUUGUCGGCUGAUAACCCUCAGAGCCUGGGUACCUCUGGAAGAGCCAGCUGCUCUUUCCUGGAGACUGGCAAGGAGGUAAUCUGAGGUAGGGGACACAUUAAAGGGACCUCCCCCCAACCCCAGCACUGCCAGCCUCUUCUCAGUCUUCAAAGGUGGAAGCCAGGGGCAAAUGAACACAGACCACCUUCCCUAAACCCAAGCAUCCAAUUACGCAAAAUGGACCAAAUCCCCAGAACUCAUUCCAGGUCUAUUUUUCUAUGGAGAGGAGCAGACAUCUUCCAAACCCCCACUCUCACAACUAACCCAAACCCCCAAGACCCCCUCAUACAUUCUGCACUUUAUAGUUGGAUCCUGAGCUUAGGAUAACUGGGGGACUCCUCACAAGUAUUUGGGGAACCCAUUAAAGGACUGCAGAAGAGGAACUGGGAUGUUUGUAGGGGGUGGAGGACCCCCCCCCCGCAAGGCUUCCACCUCCUCCCACCUACACCAUACCCCACCUCCCUGCCUGUGUGUGUUAUUUCAAAGGAAAAGAACAAAAGGAAUACAUUUUCUAAGCUCUU